AACGAGUACAUUGAGGAACACAUCAAACGCCAUGGGCGACGAUUAGACUAUUACGAGAAAAAACGGAAGCGGGAAGCACGGGCGGCGCACAAGUCAUCUGCAGUCGCUCAGAAAGCAUUCGGUCUCAAGGCAAAAUUGCUCCACGCUAAACGCCAUGCUGAGAAAGUGCAGCUCAAGAAGACCCUCAAAGCGCACGAUGAGAGAAAUGUGAAGCAGAAGGACGCAGCUUCUACUCCAGAGGGGGCACUUCCGACCUUCUUGCUUGACCGUGAAGGCCAGAAGGAUGCGAAGGCAAUGUCAUCUGCAAUCAAGCAGAGACGAAAGGAGAAGGCUGCGAAGUAUGCCGUACCGUUACCCAAGGUACGAGGAGUUGCGGAGGAGGAAGUUUUCAAGGUCAUGCGAACUGGAAAGAACAAAAGCAAGUCCUGGAAGCGUAUGGUUACGAAGGCGACUUUCGUCGGAGAGGGUUUCACGCGCAAACCGGUCAAGAUGGAGCGGUUUGUCCGGCCGAUGGCCCUGCGAUAUAAAAAGGCGAACGUUACGCAUCCCGACUUGAAGGCAACGUUCCAGUUGCAAAUAUUGGGUGUCAAGAAGAAUCCUCAAUCUCCGAUGUACACGCAGCUAGGUGUGCUGACGAAGGGUACUGUAAUUGAAGUGAAUGUCUCAGAACUCGGUAUGGUGACAACUGGAGGGAAGGUCGUGUUUGGAAAGUAUGCCCAAAUUACGAACAACCCGGAAAACGACGGCUGUAUCAAUGCCGUACUA